GUGCGGGCUGGAGCGGCCCCGGCGCUGUUGAACGGAACCGGGUGCACCCCGAGUCCUGUUUGCGGGUGUCAGAGGAAACCAGCCCGGCUGUUCUGCCCGGGUUUGGGCUGUCGGGGUUGAGGAUCAGCGCUGGGGGAAUCCUGUAGCCCCCUCGGUUCUUUGGCAGAACCGGGGGGUUGUUCUCCCUCGGUGCUUUGGGGGUUGUUCUGGUUUUGGUGGUAGUUUCUGCUCUUUUGCCUAAUUUUAACGUUUAUUCUUAUGGGCAAACUGAAUCAUCCACGUGAAAUGCUUCUGCUGGCCUUAGCGUUUUAAAAUGUUUUUGUUACGUGACAACAAAUGUAUUAAGAGGUUUUAAACGGUAAUACAUUCCUUUGCCAUUACCAAACAUUAACUGUCUGUGCAAAAUGAUUUUCUAGGGCAAUACGUGAGACCUGCCCACGACAUUUAAGGAUGUGUUGAACUGUAAAUAAGUGAUCUGUGCUCUGAGGAGUCACAUGUAGGAAAAGUGAAAGUGUUUUGGUUUAGUGUAUUUUAGCUGCCUUGACUAAGAAAUACUUAAAACGUUACGAAUGCUGAACCUUUAUAAAGCACAUACCAUCAGUGACACAGCCUUAAUGCCCUACAAGCUUUAAAACUGUUUUUAGGACAUUGAUGGUGUAUAUUUUCUGCUGUGUUGGCCUAAUGCUAGUUUUCUCACCUGGUUUCUCUGUGAAAAUCAAAUUGUCUUACCUUGCUGCUUUCUAGGAAAUGCUCAUUCUGAAGGGCUUUAACAGUGCCAGUGUGUAAUCCUGAAUAUAGGAGGACUUGUUUGACCUUUAACUGUCACUUCUAUUUUUGCUUUCUGCUUUUAAUAUUAAUAGUUAUUUGGCAUGUGGUUAAUCUGUCUUUUAAUGUAGCACAUUUAUUAAAUAUAGAUCAAAUACUUUUCUCUUUGUAAGCACUGUGAUAUAAUAUACUAUUUGUAAGCACAAUUAUGCACGGUCUGUGUUGAUUUCAAACAGUCUAGAAUUAGUUGGAGUAAUUGAGUCAGUAACAUUUUGUUAAAUGCUUAAGACCUGAGGAAAAAUGAAGUACUUCUUCUUCAUGCUGUCCACUGAUUUUUAUUUUAUUCUAGUUCUUUCCAUCAGUGUUGCUUUUCAAGUGGAAAGAGGAUUGAGAAGGAUUUUUUUGUCUCACUUUUUAAUUGAAUAAUGUUGAGAAGUUGUGUGUAGUUAAAAUUUCUUCACAAGCGAACAUGGGUGGUGGUGCAGGAACGGGCAUUUGCGGUGUUCAGAGGUGACACCAUUCCUUGGGCUGUGCACACACAGUCCUCAGUUUGCAGAGCUGUGAGCUGGUGGAAGUUAUCUCCUGGUUGCAAAUUGUAGCUGUAGCUAGGAAAUAGCAGGUGCCCCUGGCCAGGAGCUGGAGCCACCAUGCAGAGGGGUGAGCAUCACCUUGAAGGGCAGGAAGAGUCUACAGCCCCGGAGUUACACUGGUGAUUAAGUGCAAAUGCUACUUUGUUGCUUUUAAAAAAAUAAACCAGUUUCUAAAACACAAGUUUUACUGGGGAUGAAUGGGGAAAUAGUAUCAUUAUUUGCAAAGUUGGUUUUUUUUGAACAGUAGUCUUCAGGCAAGAAGUCACAGUACUUCAAAGUACUGUCUGCUCCUAGCGUGUCCUUACUGUCACUUGCUGAUGACUAAUAUUGUUUGUAGUCCUGUUCUUGAGUUCUGUUGUAGAUUUAACUGGUCAUACUGAAGGUGGUCUCCUGGUUUAAGAGUCAAACUUACUUCAGUAUAAUGUAAACAUUAAUUAAUGGUUGAAGUGUGAUGGGAAAGAAAGUAGUUUUAGUGUGAGCUCAAGAUUGAUGAUUGCCAGCCUCCAGCUCAAGUAAUCACCAGAUCUAUUUUUGUUGUUGUUUAAUCCUUCCCUGUUGCCAGUAAUAAAUAUGCUUUGCCUAUGACUACACAAUCAUCGGAAAUUUUAAUAGCAGGUGAAGUUUAAAAAAUUCAGGGUGGCCUGUUCCUUCUGUUUGUUUUUAAGUGAUCCUGGAAACCAAGAAUGGAGGGUCCCUCUCUGUUUUGUCUUUUUAAUAAUGAUUUACAAAUGUGCCAAGUACAGUACCCUUACAGACUUGAAAUGUCUUAUUUGCUUGUCACUAAAAACUGUAUGUAGUUCCAGUGUCCUUGGCCUUUUUUGUUUCAGCACAAUAUAUAAAUCUGACUGCAUUAAUAAUGUUACUAAAAUCCUUGUUUUCGGAGGGAAAACCCAGAAAUGCACCUUGCAAAACACAUUUUAAACAUCUGGGGAAAUUAAAUUAUUAAUGUUAGAGUAUACACUUACCUGUAAUAAAGGCAUCUUUUUUCUACAGAUAGAAAUGUCAUGAAACAUGGAAUUACUGUGCAUUAAGAUAAGUGUUCUGGUUGCUAUUUUUAAUGAUUCCCUGGAAGCCUCACUGGCAAUUCAAAUGUUGAAGUUAUCAAGCAGGAGGUAAUAGCAGUGGGAAGUGUGUUUUUGUUUUUGCAGUUCUUGACAGACUCCCAUCCCUACUUGUGUAUGUACAAACCAGCUGUCGUCUUGUGAGAUGAAUCAAGUGGGGGUGGGGAGAAAAGAGCCAUUUUUGAGUGUGUCCAGCAAGGAGCUCUCCUGUCAAUGUCAUGGCACACGUGGGAUGAAAGAGGUUUCAGAGGCUCCUGCUCAAGACACCCAGAUCAAAGCAGUGCAAUUAUUCUUCUACACCUACCUUUGAGAUGCGCAGACUGUCCCUCUCUGCUGUACUUUCAGGUUUCCCAGCACAAACAUCAAGAUAACAUUCACAGCUCUGUCCAAUGAAAAGAGAGAAAAACAGGAGGCCCCCGAGUCCCCAGUGAAGCCUGUGCAACCCCAGAUCUCUCCCUUAACAAUAAACAUUCCAGACAACAUGGCUCACCUGAUCAGCCCUCUCCCUUCUCCCACAGGAACUAUCAGUGCUGCAAAUUCCUGCCCAUCGAGCCCCCGCGGCGCAGGCUCUUCAGGGUACAAAAUGAGUCGUGGAAUAGCAUCUGACCUACAUUUGAUGGCUGACAAUUCACAGUCAGAAAACGACAAGGAAGCUUCGGGGGGAGACAGCCCAAAGGAUGACUCUAAGCCACCCUACUCCUAUGCACAGUUAAUAGUCCAAGCAAUUACAAUGGCCCCGGAUAAGCAGCUUACACUAAAUGGAAUUUAUACGCACAUAACUAAAAAUUAUCCCUACUACAGGACAGCAGACAAGGGCUGGCAGAAUUCAAUACGUCACAAUCUCUCUCUGAAUCGUUAUUUCAUCAAAGUACCACGUUCCCAGGAAGAACCAGGCAAAGGCUCAUUCUGGAGGAUAGACCCUGCCUCUGAAAGCAAAUUAAUAGAGCAGGCUUUUAGGAAAAGGCGGCCUAGGGGAGUACCUUGCUUUAGAACCCCUCUGGGACCACUCUCUUCUAGAAGUGCCCCAGCUUCUCCUAAUCACUCUGGAGUGUUGUCUGCACACUCCAGUGGCGUCCAGACCCCCGAGAGCCUGUCCAGGGAAGGGUCUCCUGUCCCGAUGGAACCUGAGCCCAGCGCCAUCCAGCCAAAACUCGCCGUCAUACAAGAAGCGCGAUUUGCACAGAGUGCCCCAGGAUCACCUCUCUCUAGCCAGCCAGUUUUAAUUACUGUACAACGGCAGCUACCACAAGCUAUCAAACCCGUCACUUACACUGUUGCAACUCCCGUGACAACAUCGACCUCCCAGCAGCCUGUAGUUCAGACAGUUCAUGUUGUGCACCAGAUCCCAGCUGUGUCAGUCACCAACGUGACUGGAUUAGCACCAGCAAACACUUACACUGUCGCGGGACAGGCGGUCGUCACACAAGCUGCUAUGGUCACCCAGCCCAAGGUGGAACCUCAAGAGAAUGGAGACCACAAGGAAGUCAAAGUGAAAGUGGAGCCUCUCCCUGCUAUUAGCCAUGCUGCAAUAGGAGCUGCUGGCCGCAUCAUCCAGACGUCGCAGCCCACCCCCUUACAGACAGUUACCAUAGUGCAGCAGGCGCCGCUGGGCCAGCACCAGCUGCCCAUCAAAGCUGUCACACAGAACGGAACGCACAUCGUGCCCCUGAGCGCCGCCGUGGCGGGGCAGGGCAGCGCGGCUGCUGCAAGUCCUUUGCAUAUGUUAGCAACCCACGCGUCCGCAUCGGCAUCGCUUCCCACCAAGCGCCAGAACGGAGACCAGUCAGAACAGCAGGAACUCAAACGUAUCAAAACAGAGGAUGGAGAGAGCAUAGUCAUAGCUGUGAACGUGGACACCCCACCAGUGGCAGUGAGUGACAAAGGCAGCCAGAACUAGAAACUUUAGGGGAGUUUUCUUUUUUUUUUCUUUUUUUUUUUAAAAAAAAAAAAAACAAAAAACACAAAAAACCAACAAAAACAAACUCCGUGGUGCCAAAAGGAGACACUUAAAUCUAACACCUAAAAUGUUGGAACAUGUUCUCACACAGUGGGGAAAGGGGCCCUGUGAUCAGACUUCAACUUUCAGCACUGAAACAAAACCCAACACAGGUGGCCUUAAAACUUGGUAAUUUAAAGUCAAACUGCAGAACCAUGUUGUUGUAGAGGCUGUGCCCCCCGCCCCUCCUGCCCCACGGACUGUGUGUGCUGGGAGGGCUGCAGCUUUAACAGGAUCUGUCAGAUUAUUCCCAGGACUGAGGAUCUCAGUGUAACGGCAGCAUGAUAGCGCUUAGUGUGACUGGUUGCAAAGGAUUGUAUAUUCCUAAAGGGAACAGAGGCAGGAGCCAUUCCGACACCGUGGCAGCUAAGCCUUUCUGAACCACCCACCCAUGCAGUUGUUGAUAGAUAUGCAGUAUUUUGUUGUUCACAUGUGGAAUUAGAAAUUUUUGAGGUGUAUUUUCAUUUCUUUGCAAAACAAUGGGGUCUUUGACAUUUCAAAUCACUCCAUUUCUACUCCGGAAACUUUGGAAUCACACAACUACUUUUCAUGUGAAAUUUUGUUUGGUAAAAAACUGAAUGUAGGGUUUUUUUAACCAACGGAAUGAUUUACUUUUGUCUGUCCUGUUCAAGUUCAGAUAAAGCUACUUUAUUACAUCUGCAAAUUUUCAUAUUUUAGCAGUUGCCUGAUAAAUUUAAUCAAAUUUUAUUACCAUGUGUAGUGAUCAAACGCUUCUUUGGGCUUGCAUGUAACUGAUUAGAAACUCUGAUGUAAAUGAGCCGUUAACUGACGUAAAGAACUGCUAUGGAUUUGACCAGAGCUGCACUUACCUGUUUCUCUCUCUGCUACCUUUUGCUGUUUGUUACUUUGUGUUGACUUUGACUGUCCCUGGCAUAUUUUUCCAGUCUAAAGUAAAACAAGAGUCUCGCUUAAUAUUGUGUAUGUUUAAAAUAACAGACUGUUCUUCAUUUAGAAAGAUAAAAUUCUUUAUCACGAGUCCUUUUAAAAAGAGUAAAAUUAUCUUGUCAGAGGUAUAUUCGAUAUUUUUAAGCUUAAGCACCCUUCAGUAGAAAUGAAUCUGCCCCGUUUCUCUGUAACACUUUGAUGUCAGACACUGACCUCGGGGUCUCCAUGACCAGUAGCUGUUGUGGUUUUCUAACAGUGGCUACCAGAUUAUGGUAAUAAUUUUUUUUUUUUUUUUUUUUUUUAAGUGUGUGUUCUGCAGUUGAACAUUUUAAAAUGUAUCGGUAAUUUCUCACUUUAAUGUGGUAAUAGAUUCCACUUUACAUUUCAAAAUUCAAUUGAAACAAGGCUGCUGUUCAGUCUUCAACUCACACAACGUCUUAGUUCCUCCUGCAGCCAGGUGAGUGGGAGCCAGAGUUGGUUCCAUCGGAAUCUGGUUUUUGUCCUGUUCUGUAAUAAAAAUGCAUUAUUUAUACUUCCUUUCCUGCUAUGAAAGGAAAAACUGUAUUUUCACGAUGGACUGAACAGUUUGGAGUGGUUAUUUUAGGCAGCUUUUGGAAACUAUUUACCUAAAGACCAAAUAUGAGAAAUCUGUACAAGUUUUGUGUUCAUCUACACAAUGGAACUGUUACAAUGUCUCUGCAGAUAAUACAUUAAAAAACUAUGAAAAAAAACUCUACACAAGCUGGAUUUAUAACAGGCAUUUAAAAAAAAAAAGCUUAACCUGAAAAGAAGCAUUUCUGUACAAUUGCAACGUUUUCUUUAGAGGUUUUAAAAAUAAAAAAAAAAAAGUAAAGUUUUAACAUACUUUUUUUAAGAAAAAAAAAAUCCAGUACUAGUAAUUUAAUUUGGUGUUGAAUGAAUUGACUAGAAUGUGGUUUAUUUUCAGAAGUGAGAAUCUGUUCACAACUAGGGCUAGGUGAAUAAUAGUGUAUAAGAUUUUUUUAAAUAAAAUUAAAUUUUAUUCAG